GUGUAAGUCACAGGUCGUUAAAAGAAACCCUAGUUCUUAACGGGAGCCAUAAGCAGGAGCAGUUCCCUGUUCUCAUCUUCUCGCCUCCUCUGUUACUUACGGCGGAAGCGCUGCAUCGAAGAUGAAGUUUAAUAUUGCAAAUCCUACUACUGGUUGUCAGAAGAAGCUCGAAAUUGACGAUGACCAGAAACUCCGUGCAUUUUUUGACAAGAGGAUCUCACAGGAAGUCCUUGGGGAUGCCCUGGGUGAGGAGUUCAAGGGCUAUGUUUUCAAAAUCAUGGGAGGAUGUGAUAAACAGGGCUUCCCAAUGAAGCAGGGAGUUCUUACUCCAGGCCGUGUCCGUCUUCUGCUUCACAGAGGGACUCCAUGUUUCCGUGGGUAUGGAAGGCGUAAUGGUGAGAGGAGGAGAAAGUCUGUCCGUGGGUGCAUUGUCAGCCAAGACCUCUCUGUUCUGAAUCUGGUUAUUGUGAAGAAGGGUGAGAGCGAUCUUCCUGGAUUGACCGACACUGAAAAACCCAGAAUGAGGGGUCCAAAAAGGGCAUCCAAGAUCCGGAAACUCUUCAACCUUUCUAAGGAGGAUGAUGUCCGGAAGUAUGUCAACACAUAUCGCCGAACAUUCACAACCAAGGCUGGGAAGAAGGUCAGUAAAGCUCCCAAAAUACAGAGACUUGUGACUCCCUUGACUCUGCAAAGGAAGCGUGCAAGAAUUUCUGAGAAGAAGAAGAGGAUUGCAAAGGCCAAGUCAGAGGCAGCUGAAUAUCAGAAGCUUCUUGCGAGCAGAUUGAAGGAGCAGCGAGAGAGACGCAGCGAGAGCUUGGCAAAGAAGAGAUCCCGACUUUCUGCUGCCUCUAAGCCUUCAGUUGCAGCUUAAGUGCAUGACCUACAAAUUUUGAGAGUUACAAUUGGAGACUAAUGUGUUCACGGAGAUAAUUUUGAGGUAAUUUGGGCUGCUGUUUGUUCAGGUUUUGUGAGCAUGUUUGGAUCUGGAUGUGUUAAAUCAUUUUGGAUUCUCCCGAAGCAUAGUUUUGUUUCAAAUUUAAGACCCUUGGCAAUCAUUUAUUUUCAGAAUGUUUAGAUUUUGUUUUGAAUAGUUGUUCUAUGGGAUUCUUUUUU